CAGGAAGUGAGGAGUUCAGAGGCCAUCAUCGGAUUUCUGGUGAGUCGGGAGUUCACCGUGACGAAACACUACAGGGGCAUCAAGACGGCCUUCAAGGCCGAGUUCGGGGAAAAUGAGUUUGGGGGCAAGAAGAAGCCCAACAUCUGCCUGGUGUGCCGCUACGACGCCGUGCGGAAGAAAGGUCACGUGAACGGAAACAAUCUCGUCGUCCAGGCAACGGUCGCCGCGGCCUUGGGAUUGAAGGCCGUUAUAAGGGCCUCGUCAUCCAAAAUUGGCAAGGUG